AUGCGUUUUUUGAAAAAAAACUUUGAAAUUUUUAAAAAAGGAUAUGACAAAGUUUUUGAAAAUUUUCCCUUUAUGAAUCGCCCACUUGUUCUAAUAAAGUUGAAUCAAUUGAAUGUAGUUGAACAAAUAGCAUUGGGAUCUGAUAAAGAUUGCGGCGGAAAUAGUAGUGCUCAGCUAAUAUUUGAUGAAAAAAUAUGUUGUGGUCGAUUUCACGGAGAGAUUGUAUUAAAUCCUGAUGGGCCUAUGUAUGCCACAUUCCGUAUAAAAAAAAGAGAUUUUCUUAGACCUAGUUGGGACCUAAGUCGUUAUCGAUAUUUUUCGUUAUGUGCUGCAGGUGAUUCAAGAACAUAUUCUAUUGAUCUAGAAACAACGUCUUUCCUUGGACCAGAUCUCUACCGAGCGUCUUUUACUUUUAAAAGUCCUGGAAAAUGGGAAAUUAUUACUAUACCAUUCAAUAAUUUUUGUUUCAAUAGAAAAGGUGUUCAAUUAUCUUCGUAUCAUUUUUCUGAAGUAUAUCGAAUUCAAGCAGUAGGUAUUUCAUUAUUGGAUCGACAUCCAGGCCCAUUUGAGCUUUAUUUCCGUUGGAUGCAAGCAACUAAUGAAGUUUAUUCUACAUCUGAUUUUCCUGAAAUAUCAAGAUGUGAAAUAGAAUUACACAAUAGUAUUGUAAAAUAG